AUGAACAAGGAACAAUCGAAAAAGCUUCACAUACCUUAUCCUACAGGUCCACACGCAACAGGAUGUAUGGAAUUAAUGACAGAAUAUUCCGAAGAAGGAUGUUUUGCGAGAGUAUUUUACCCGACUAACAUUCCAACUGAUCAAUUGAAUAAAUACUCUGAUAAAUGGAUUCCGUGGAUACCAAAUGAUAUGUAUUUGAAAGCAUUUGCCCAUUCUCUUGGUUUGCCUUAUUUCAUAUUCAAAUAUAUUCCACCAAUCAUCGGCCAAGCACCAUAUUACAUACCAACCAUUAGUGAUGCACCGCUAUCGGAUAAAGAACAAUCGUAUCCCUUUGUCAUAUUUUCACACGGUUAUGCAGCAACGAGAUUUGUUUGCUCAGAAUUUUGUAACACUUUAGCGUCGCACGGAUUUAUAGUCGCUGCCAUUGAACACAGAGACAAAUCAUCGCCUCUUACGUAUUACUAUGAUUCUCCUGAAAGCGCAGAGCAGGACAAACCCACGUGGGUCAACUAUCGACAUUUCCAUGAGACCUACAACACGGAUAAUUAUCUCCUAAAAAAUAGCCAAUUAAAAGUUCGGCAUAGAGAAUGCACCAAACUUCUGAACACAUUUUUAGACAUCAAUGCAGGCCGUUCCGUGAAGAACGUACUCAAGUCAUCGUUUGAUCUGAAUCAAUUCAAUGGCAAGAUUAAUGUUAACAAAAUAAUAACAUCUGGAUUUUCGUUUGGCGGAGCAACCGCAAUGUAUAAUGCAUGUUAUGACAAUCGUUAUCAUGUUGCUAUAAUUAUCGACGGUUGGAUGUUUCCGUUAAAAUCAGAGCCAUUUUUGAAUAUUCAACAACCAAUUUUGUUCAUCAACACACACACCUUCCACAUUGCUGUCAAUCUAAGAUUGAUUCGCCAGUAUUUCUGUUCCAAAGGUAUUCGGAAACUAUACACAAUAAAAAAUACCACUCACGAAAGUCCGACAGAUACACCUUUCAUACAUGGUUACUGGUUAGACGUGCAAAUGCUGAAGAAGUUGGAUGCUAAAACCGCAUUAUAUCUACAGAGUAGUCUAGUAGUACAAUUUUUACGAGAUAUAAUCGGUUGCCCUACAAAUUCUGACAAUGCACAAAUAUUCAUAAAGGAACAUUCUGACGACUUCGUAGAAGACGUAAUUCCUUAUAGAAAAAAGAUUAUAAGAAAAAUUGGAAUUUUACAAUGA